AUGCAGUCACCACCCAUGGAGAAGAAGGGUACAGUCACGCAACUAUCGUCCAUGUUCCCACCGGAGGAAGCGCAGAAAGCUUCGAAGCGUGUGCAGGAGGCCAUUGACGAGCGCCAGCAGCAACUCAAUCAGCUCAAGGGCUUCGUUGAUGACAAUGUUAGCCUCAUAAACCUUGUCCAGAAGCUCCCAGAUGAAACCCACCACAAUAUAAUGGUUCCAUUUGGAAAGGCAGCGUUUUUCCCAGGACGGUUGAUCCACACCAAUGAAUUUCUGGUCCUUUUAGGAGAAGGUUAUUAUGCCGAUAGAACAUCUAAGCAAACAAUCGAGAUUUUGAAAAGAAGAGGCAAGACAGUAGAAACGCAAAUCGAAUCUCUGAAGGCUAUAAUGCUGGACUUAAAGACUGAGGCUUCGUUCUUUGAUACUACAGCAAACGAGUCAGCGGAGGGCAUUGUAGAGAUCAGGGAAGAUUAUGUUGAGGACGAUUCUUUUCAGACACCAGUCGGGUAUGAAAGCACUGACUCCGCUCCUGUUGAGAGGGACAGUAAAAAAGGUGCAGAUGAAGAUGACGAUGAAGAUUUUAGACGCAUGCAAAGGCGUAUGGAUGAACUUGAAAAAGAGGAAGCUGCUGCUGAAAGGGCGAAUGAUGAAUCCAAUGAGGAUGAGCAGACACAAAACGAGUCAGCUAGCGUAAUCAAUCAAGAAGUUAGAAGUUCAAAGGUGGAAGCAUUAGAGGUUCCAACAGUAUCUAAAGACGGGCCUUCAAAUACGGAUGAUCCAGGACCAGAAAACACUACCAUGAGCAAGGCAUUGGAGCCCCCUCGAGUAGAGAAGAACGUUCAAUCUCCUCUUACCGCAGCAAGCAUGGCCUUUACUGGCACAAUUGUGGAGCAUCCUCAUAAUGUCGGGUUGCAUUUGGCGGGACAACAAAGUGGUACUCGUGGAUCUAAACCUGUUUCGAGGUUUAAGAUGCAGAGGAAAUAG